UUGGCGUUCUUUCUGAUUUCGUAGCUACAAUGAAAUAUCAUAAUACGCCACUUUUUCUGUGUAUAAAUGUAAUAUUUGUAGGAUUAAUAGGCCGUCCUUCACACAGUGUAAUCAGUAGUAUAUAUUGUAACCUAAAUACCUAGCUAGCUACAGUGAGUUGGAAUACAAGAAGUAGCUAGCUAGAUUCAUCAGCCGACUGCUACACAUAGCUACCGUUAACGCUACUAGUUAGUUAGCUAGCUAAGUUACAGUGAUACCGCCACGUCUUCUUAUCCUCCCACUCGGCUACUGAGUGACCCUUUACAAUGGCUGCUGCUAAAAAACGUACGCGAUCGAGCAUCGAAGAUGUGAGAGACAGAAAAGCAAAGGUUAUCAAACACAGCGGUGAGAAGAGACACAUCGCAGCCCUGAUCCUCGCGAGGGGAGGCAGUAAGGGGAUCCCCCUGAAGAAUAUCAAAAUGUUAGCCGGUGUCCCCCUCAUUGGAUGGGUUCUGAGAGCUGCAGUGGACUCCAAACAGUUUGACAGUGUGUGGGUAUCAACUGACCAUGAUGACAUUGAGAAGGUAGCGAAGGCAUGGGGAGCUCAGGUUCACCGCAGGAGCCCAGAGGUGUCCAAAGACUCCUCCAGCUCUCUCGACACCAUCCAGGAAUUCGUCCGAUUAAACCCAGAGGUGGAUGUGAUCUGUCACAUCCAGGCCACGUCUCCCUGCCUGCACCCCUUCCACCUGAAGGAGGCCCUGGAGACGAUCACCAAGCAGGGCUUCACGUCCGUCUUCUCUGUGGUCCGACGACACCACUUCCGCUGGCAGGAGGUGAAGAAAGGAGGUAGUGUAGCCACCCAGCCUCUCAACCUGGAUCCAUCCAACAGGCCCCGGAGACAGGACUGGGAUGGAGAGCUGUGUGAGAACGGGUCAUUCUAUUUCUCCACCAGAGCCCUUAUAGAGGAAGGUGUUCUGCAGGGGGGGAAGUGGGCUUAUUAUGAGAUGCUGCCAGAGUACAGUGUGGAUAUUGAUGUGGAUAUCGACUGGCCCGUGGCAGAACAGAGAGUACUGAGGUUUGGUUACUUUGGUCUGGACAAGCCUGAGGUGGUGCGUCUGCUGCUGUGUAAAGUCUCAGGCUGUCUGACUGACGGCCGCGUCCUCAUCUCUGUCUCUGGAGAGGAGAUGGUCUCAGUCAACACCAGAGAUACUAUGGGUAUCCGCAUGCUGCAGAGAGAGGGAGUGGAGGUGAUCCUGAUCUCAUCCAGUGAGGACCCUGUGACCAAGGCCCUGGCUGACAAGCUGUCCCAGAGGACAGGCUGCGAGGUCAGGCAGCUGGGCAAGGACAUCCAGGGUGAGGUCAAAGCCAUGAUGGACGACAAGGAUCUGGACUGGAAGGAGGUCGCCUAUAUGGGUAAUGAUGCACCAGAUGUUGACUGUCUGAACCUGGCUGGGCUGAGUGCAGUACCCCGGGACGCCCCAGUGGUGGCGAUCAACGCUGCUAAAUACUCCUGCCACAGUGCUGCAGGCCUGGGGGCUGUGAGGGAGUUUUCUGAACACAUCCUGCUGCUCAAGAAGAAGGCCAAGUCUCAGAUGGAACAGGACCGCAUCCACAGAAAUACAUUCUAAAUGCUAGAAUGUGUUCUAAAGUCACAGAGAUCCAUUCUAAACUCUAGAAUGUGUUCUAAAGUCACAGAGAUCCAUUCUAAACUCUAGAAUGUGUUCUAAAGUAGGGAUGGGCAUUAGAAAUAAUAUCAUGACAUUUUUUCGGAUAUCCAGAUAGUUUUAAACGUGGACACUUGUUUGCUACGCAGCCUGCAUGACUCGGGAGAUACUGUGGGGACAAGGACCAGGGGUGUGUGACAAAGGAGGGAGAGAAAAAGUAGCCACUGACUCACGCUAGUUAGACACUUGUAAAUGCUAUAGGUUAUCUAUCAUCCAAUAUGGCAGUGCAUGUCUUUACUGCAUCAAAUCAAUGCCAAGAUGCUAGCUAAGACAGCCAAAUGUUAGCUAGCUAGUUGAGGCUAUUUUGCUGCGCUGCCUGUCCUGAUCUACAACAACCCUGUUCAGAUUAAACAGCCUAUACUGAAGGUUGUCAUUGUAGCCUAUUCCUCAUUUAGUUUACUUAAUUCUGUCAUUUUAAUUCAACUUUUAAUUCAUUGAUUAGAGAUCUCCCACUUCAUGUUGCUACACAUGGAGCCUCUGACUGUAGUGUCAACAACAGCAAGUUAAGUGAAACCUGUGUAGGCUAAUACUGUUGUGUUUUUUAAACUAUAUUCACAUUUAUGUGACGUUUUAUUAAAUUAAAAAUUCCAAAUAUCAUGAGUGUAGAAAUGUCACAUAGAUAAUUUUAUUCAAUAAGAUGAAGCCUUGUCAUUGUUAAAAUAGGCCUGUGAUUUAUUUGAAUUAAUACUCUAACAAGUAUUUGAAUACUAAUGUCUGUUUGAAUAACUGCCCAUUGCUAGUUUUUCAGGUUGUCAGAUCAAGGUAGUUUGGGUUUUAUCGCUACAGGUUGUGUUGACAAAAAUCUAUGUCUUUACUUUAAAUGAAGUAGAAUACAGGAGGCCUUUAAUUUACUUGAGAUUGAUUGUUUUUCUCUCCACUUUUUAAUGUUCUGUCUGCAUUUUGGGGGGAAAGUAUUAGGACAUUGACUUGGAGUUGCACUGAGAUUCUUGUUGGUUUGGGUGUUUACUUUUGUAUUUUGCCUGCAAUUUGUUUGUCAAAUUAUAUAUGAUCAUAAACGUAAGAAACACUU